GCACCGUCUCCCUCUCUCUCUCUUCCUCUCCGAGUCUAUAGCGGGGCACGAGCGCGCGUCGGCUCGCGCUAUAGCAACCGGCCACCGUCACGCGCCGCCGCCGAUAAUGCGUUCGCCCUGACAUGUGCCGUCGGCUGGGGGCGACCCGCCUGAUAUACCGCGCUCGCAUUUCGAGCUACGUCAAGGCCGGCCUCGUCGACCGCGCCGUCCAGGUGUUCGACCAAAUGUCCCGCUCCGACUGCCGCGUCUUCGCCGUCGACUACAACCGCUUCAUCGGCGUCCUGGUCCGCCAUACCCGGUUCGAGCUGGCCGAGAGCUACUACUACCAGAUGACCCUCCGGGGCUUCUCGCUCACCUCGUUCACCUACUCUCGUUUCGUCUCCGGCCUCUGCCGGGCCAAGAACUUGGCUCUCGUCGAUAAGCUCCUCCCCGACAUGGGUAAGGUCGGAUGCGUGCUGGAUAUCUGGGCUAGCAACAUUUAUUUGAAUCUUCUGUGUGACGAAAAUCGCGUGGAGCUGGCCGUGGAGGUGUUGGAUAGGAUGGUCGAGCUAGGUAGAGAGCCUGAUGUUGUGACUUACACUAUUCUCGUCGAAGGGUUGUGUAAAGCGGGGAGAUUCGAUGCUGCGGUCGAAAUGUGGCAUCGUAUGAUCGGUCGGGGACUCAUCCCGGAUAAGAUCGCGUGCACGGCGCUUGUCGUCGGGCUCUGUGUUGGUGGAAAGGUUGAGUUGGCAUAUGACCUUAUAAUUGAUGUGAUGAAGGGUGGUCAAGCUGAGAUCACUUGUUUAAUUUAUAACGCGUUAAUUAGUGGGUUUUGUAAAGCCGGUAAGAUUGACAAGGCGCUGGCGAUUAAAUCCUUUAUGGGGAGGAAUGGAUGCAAUCCCGAUUUGGUUACGUAUAAUAUCUUGUUGAAUUAUUGUUGCGACAAGGUUAUGUUGGAGGAGGGAGAGAAAUUGAUGAAGAGGAUGGAGAGGGAUGGAUUGCAACCUGACAUUUAUAGUCAUAAUCAAUUUUUAAAGGGCCUUUGUAAAGCAAAGCAGCCUGAUCGUGCUUACAGGCUGAUGGUGAACGAGAUGCGAGUAAAAGGGUUAUGUGAUGUUGUGUCAUAUAAUACACUAAUGGCAGCAUUCUCCGAGGAUCGUCGGACACGUAGGGCUUACAAGCUAUUUGAAGAAAUGUGUCGGAAGGGAAUUGCACCAGAUGUUGUUACAUUCACGAUUCUUAUCAAUGCUUAUCUUAGAGAUGGCAGUUCUGAUAUUGCAAAAGAACUUCUCGAUCAGAUGUCAGGGAUGAAUAUAUAUCCUGAUCGAAUUUUGUAUACUACUAUUAUUGAUCAUUUCUGUAAGUCCGGUAAAGUUACAAUAGCUCAGAACAUAUUCAAUGACAUGGUGGAGAAAGGAAUUUGGCCAGAUGUGGUUUUGUACAACGCUAUCAUCAAUGGACUUUGCAAGUCUUCUAAAGUAAAAGAAGCAAUGCGUGUGUAUGAGCAAAUGCAAGCUAGGGGAUGCUAUGCUGAUGAAAUAACUUAUAAGUUGAUUAUUAGUGGACUCAUUCGUGAAAAGAAGCUGUCCAUUGCUUGUAAAGUAUGGGAUGAAAUGAUGGAGAAAGGAUUUACACUUGACAGCUCUAUUUCUGAGACGCUCAUCAGUGCAAUCCAUUUGGUAGGUUCUGCAGGAUAAAAGGUUUAAAACCUGCUGCAUUUCCUUCUCUUUCCCUGGACAAAGACGUAAUUUUGGCUUCCAGCCUUUUUCGUGACAAUUAUGUUGUUACAAGAUGAGAUAGCCCCCAGUAGAUGGAACUUCUGCUACAUAUAUGGUGAACGGCUUCACUCUUGAGUUGUCUGCUCAGAUUUAAGUGGCUUUUGUUCAGAAUAAAGUGGAUUCAAGGUGGUAAGUGAAUUAUUAGAUCUUUGCUAUUUACUCUACCAGAUAUCUCGAUGACAUUUAAUAGUUGAUACACAAGUGUAAGAGUGCGUCAUCUCUUAUAAUCAAACAUCUUGUCAGGUGCAAAGAGAGCAGAUGAUGCCACUCUUAAGUGGGAAAAUCCACCCCAAGAAGGUCUGAGGCUCAAUAUUGAUUUUUCAGAUGAUAUUCCUGAAGCAUUUCUUUUGCUUGCUUCCAGAGUUAUAUGCUUUACGGCAGUGGCUUGAAAAAUUGGAUGCUGGCGUGUUUCAGGAAGAACUUCUAUGUUGUCCUUGCUUUCAGAGACAACCUUGAGGUAUGGAGAGGGUUUGAACCAGACUUUUCAGCUGUUAAUUAUGAUAGAGAAGGAUUCUAAACGAACAAUUGUGGAAUUACCGUGCUAGCUCUCUGAAGCAGAUUAGAUGUUGAGUCCUUUCCGUUAUCCUAUUGGCAUAAUGUGCCUGAAGGAGUCUAAUAAUUCCAUGAGGCUGCUGUAGCUACUUUAGAGCAUCUAGACUGGUUAUCGUUCGUAGAAUAUGGACCUGGAGCUUCCAGAUGAAAUAAUUGGAAUGACAACUCGAAGCUGAUGAAAAGAAGUGGAUGACCGACAUGAAGCUAGCAGAUCAUUGAAGUUUCUGAGGACUUUCCCUUUACAUGUUUAGGAAAUGAGGAAAGAGGGAAGAAGGAGAAGACUUAUGUGCUUCUGGACAUAUAUCGACAAAAGAAAAAAUUUGAUUGACGCGCAAAGGUCUUAUGAGAUAGAUUACUUGCAUCAUUUCUAAACCUUUCCCAGUUCAUCAGAACCCCGAAGGAAGCCAGGGCACUUUUGAUGGGUGGGCCAAGUGGAGCUCACAACUGAUGUUGCAAGGAAAGUCACAUAAAUUUUGAAUAUGCUGCUGGCUGCUGUUUUCAUAGGAAUUGAAGGGGUCAAGCUGAAGUUGCUUGAAGCUGACGACAAGUAGAGUUGGAGAAAGAGACUCAGAAUGCCCUCCUCAAGCAAACCAAGAGAUCCUUGGCUUCCUUAGGGUAUCUGAUGGACAGGUAACGGUUUGGAAAUCAUGCACUCUCUCUUGCAUUAGCCCAAAAAAAAGAAUAAAGAAGAAAGAAUCAAAUCCUUUGUAACGAACCUGAAGGAGUUGAUUCUUUUUUCUCAGCAUCUGUUAUCAGUCCACAAGAAGUGGUAAUAAUGUCGGGAUUCGGAAAAGUUAUUCCGAGGUAAGGAGAUCAAUAUCUGGUGAUCUUGCUAUUUUUAUUGCUGCCAAGGUCGCAUGGGACACUUUGAAGGUUUCUAUCACUGUUCUGCACUUAGAUCAUGCAGUAUACUGCCGGGUCUUCAUAAUACUUUUUUGUUCUUCCUAAACCUUCUCCUUUCUGCUGGCUGCUAUCAAAAUUAAGUCCUACAGGAAAAAUUGGGUAAACGAUAUGUACCAGCCAUGUCUUCCUGCUAAGCAUACAUGUAAAGGAACGCUGAUGUUUAUGAGAUGCUAAAAAUCCUUUGAUGAUUUGAAA